AUGGCCGGCCGCGCUCCAUUCCUGUCCUGCAUCGCCCUGUUCUCCGUGGGCCUUUUGGCUCCCACCUUUACGCCGUCCCUGCUGGGCUUUCCCAAGGCCAAGGGCGCGCAGCAGCGGACGCGUUCACCGACGCAGCUUCAAGCGGAUGCUUCGGGCCUGAAUCCGUUCGGUCCUGUGGUGAGCUAUGCCAAGGCCCUCAGCGACGCAGCUGAGUCGAAGGGCGAAGAUGUCGCCGCGACGCAGGACAUGUUGAAGAUCAAGGAACUCUACCAGUCGGAGGACUUUCAGGAUUCUCUCUUCCUGGUGACGAACGACUACAACCUCACGGCCGUGGAACAGGCCGAGGCCCUCAUCAAGCUGGUGCAGCCCUUGCAGUCCAGUGUGGUGCCAAAGUUCAUCGUUUUCUUGGCCAAGAAGAAUCGCCUGAGAGGCCUGAAAGCCAUCUGCCUCGAGUACGUCCAGAGCCUCUAUUACAGGCAGUCGAUUACUCCGGUCACCGUGCGGGUGGCUCAGCGACUGACUGCGGAUCAGCUGGAGAAGCUGAAAGAGAAGAUGAG